UAAAUAGGUUCAAAGUUUUAUACUAAAUAGAGGGAUUUCAAAUAUGGUCAAGAAGGUAGUCUCUGAAGGACUAAACCAGCCAUGGUUACUAGGCACGAAGUAAGCCAAUGCUGUCUAAUCUUACAAAUUCUCUUUUCCUACCAAAUGGCAUUUAGGAUCCACCGAUAACUUACUUUCCUGGCAUUUACUGUUCCUGGAGAUUUAUUUGGAUUUUUAACUCAGCUCUUCACAAGAAAGCAAAUGUUUGUUGAGGGUAGCAAUCUCAAUAUAGCAAAGCUAAGAUAGGGAUUUUAUGUGACACAGGAAAGACCAGCAAGAAUGGAUUAAGGAGAGUGAUUUUCCACAUGUCACUGGGACAGUACUUUGGUCUGUAGACAGGGAGGCUAAAGGCAGUUUAAAAGCUGCUUUACAUAAAUAGUGAAUAGUUCAAGGAGGUAGGUCUUGAGUUCAUUGUUUGUAACCCAGUUACAUAAGAGAACAUCCCAGCUUGCUUUUUAGGGAAAAGCGCAAGUUAAGAGCCAUUCCCUGGUCUUGGUAGGUCUCUUAACUGUGACAUAACUGUCCCAAGCAACUGUCUUGCCAACUGUCUGGAGAUGAGGGGGCUCUGUGUGUGUGUCAUGAGGAGGCAGAAGGCGCUGUGGCCUGUUCAGUGGCCUCAUGUCCCUUGUUUGGAGGCUGGCUUCAGGCAUUAAUAGGGGUUCUGAGUGAGAGUUCAACAGCCUUUGCCCAGGCGGGUGCUGAGACGCAGGGUGUGGUUUCCUUAGCUCACUCUCUGCUGUUUGGUUGCCCAUGGCAACAGGAUCCAAACAACUUGUACAUGUGUUUGUAUAUAUAAAAAAAAAACUGGGAAUGGAACCCAAAGUGGGAGUUUGGGGCUGUUCAGUGAGUGGAAGAGCAGCGGUCCCACCAGCUACAAGGUGGGCACUAUGGCUGAGAAGUUCAAUUGCCACUAUUGCCGGGAAGCCUUGCAAGGGAAGAAGUACGUGGAGAAGGAUGGCCACCACUGCUGCCUGAAGUGCUUUGACAAGUUCUGCGCCAACACCUGCGUGGAAUGCCGCAAGCCCAUCGGUGCGGACGCCAAGGAAGUGCACUAUAAGAACCGCUUCUGGCACGACACCUGCUUCCGCUGCUCCAAGUGCCUUCACCCCUUGGCCAAUGAGACUUUUGUGGCCAAGGACAGCAAGAUCCUGUGCAACAACUGCACCACUCGGGAGGAUUCCCCCAAGUGCAAGGGGUGCUUCAAGGCCAUUGUGGCAGGAGAUCAAAAUGUGGAGUACAAGGGGUCCGUCUGGCACAAAGACUGCUUCACCUGCAGCAACUGCAAGCAAGUCAUUGGAACUGGAAGCUUCUUCCCGAAAGGGGAGAACUUCUACUGCGUGACUUGCCAUGAGACCAAGUUUGCCAAGCAUUGUGUGAAGUGCAACAAGGCCAUCACAUCUGGAGGAAUCACUUACCAGGAUCAGCCCUGGCAUGCCGAUUGCUUUGUGUGUGUUACCUGCUCUAAGAAGCUGGCUGGGCAGCGUUUCACCGCUGUGGAGGACCAGUAUUACUGCGUGGAUUGCUACAAGAACUUUGUGGCCAAGAAGUGUGCUGGAUGCAAGAACCCCAUCACUGGGAAAAGGACUGUGUCAAGAGUGAGCCACCCAGUCUCUAAAGCUAGGAAGCCCCCAGUGUGCCACGGGAAACGCUUGCCUCUCACCCUGUUUCCCAGCGCCAACCUCCGGGGCAGGCAUCCGGGUGGAGAGAGGACUUGUCCCUCGUGGGUGGUGGUUCUUUAUAGAAAAAAUCGAAGCUUAGCAGCUCCUCGAGGCCCGGGUUUGGUAAAGGCUCCAGUGUGGUGGCCUAUGAAGGACAAUCCUGGCACGACUACUGCUUCCACUGCAAAAAAUGCUCCGUGAAUCUAGCCAACAAGCGAUUUGUUUUCCAUGAGGAGCAAGUGUAUUGCCCUGACUGUGCCAAAAAGCUGUAAACUGACAGGGGCUCCUGUCCUGUAAAAUGGCAUUUCAGUCUUGUUCUCUGUGUCCUUAUUCUCUGCCCUAUACCAUCUAUAGGGGAAAAGUGGUCUUUUACCUCUUUAAAGUUGCUCCUUCUGUCUUUUCUCCCAUUUUACAGUAUUACUUAAAUAAGGGCACACAGUUGAUCAUACUAGGAUUUAGCAAAAAGCAACCCUGCAGCAAAGUUAAUUUCUCUCCAGCUGCAGUUAAAAAACGAAAACUUAGAUAGAUUGACUCUUCUGCAUGUUUCUUAUAGAGCAGAAAAGUGCUAACCAUUUAGCCACUUAGUGAUGUAACCAAGAAGCAUAAGAGAUAAAGCCCCCACUGAGAUGCCUUUCAUGGCUCAGCUGGGACCCACUGUGUAGUCACACGACACGCAAGAGUUGCAGCGGCUGCUCCAACUCACUGUUCACCCUCUUCUGUGAGCAGAAAAGAACUUACAGACAUGCAUGGUUUAACUCUUUAACUCUUUAACAUCAAAACUCUUACCUUCCUUCUGUUCUUUUGUGCUUUCAAAUGACUAACAGGAAUUUCCAGAAAAUUAACAUUUGAACUUAGCUGUCAUUCUAAACUGACCUUUCCUAUGUACUAACUUUUGAUUUCCAUGUGUGGCAUGUUUUCUGAGCGUUCCAACUUUAAAGCAUGGAACAUGCAGGUGAUGUGGAAAGUGUAGGCAGGUCUGAGAAAACGAGCCUGUUUCAGAGGAACAUCGUCACAGCGGAUACUUUCGGAAGCUUAACAAAACUAAUCCUGCUGUCCUUUUUAUUGUUUUUAAUUAAUAUUUUUUGUUUUCAUUAAUAGCAAAAUAUUUUAUGGGUUCGGAAACUUGCAUGAAAAUCUUCUAGCCCCCCUCAGAUGUUCCUGCAGUGUUGAAAUUCAUCCUAUAGAAGUAACCAUAAAACUCUAGAGGUGUAGCUGAGCAGGCGCCAGGGCUGUCAUCAGCAUGGAUCUGACAUUUCAAAACAGUGACUAGUUGAGUCCCUUGUAACAUAGUAGUUGCCUGCUCUUUGUUCACGUGUUAAUGAGGACUGUAAGUCCCUUUUCUUGUGAUUCCUAGGACUUUCCUCAAGAGCUUAGCUGGAUCUCUGGGGGAGUGGGGAGGCCACCGUCCUCACAGGCAGAACUGGAUUCCACCUACUGCUUACCUGAAAUGCAGGAUCACCUACUUACUGUAUUCUACAUUAUUAUAUUACAUAGUAUAAUGAGACAAUAUCAAAAGUAAACAUGUAAUGACAGUACAUAUUAACAUUCUUGUAGGUGUGGUUAUAGAAGCUGAUGCCUCAUUUCUACAUUUUGUCAUUAGCUAUUAUCUAACGUUUCCGUGUAUCCUUACAGAAAUAAAGCAGCAAAUAAAUAA